AUGGAGGUCGAUGCUGCUCAGGAUGAUUCUUCCCAAGCGUCAAGCACGUCAGCCUCCUCCAUGACCAUACAGUAUUCUGUCGACGACUUACAAGAAAAUGGUGCCAAUUUAAUUCCCGAUCCAAAAGCUGAAACCAUGAGAACUGAGGGGAAAAUCAGAAGGCUUAAUAGGCGCUUGGCCCUUGCAAAUCUGCAACUUCCGAAACUGAGCACACCACAGGAUAGUGUCGUGGAUCUUCGCACGGAAGAGGAUAAAUUAGGCGAUAUAUCAUGGUUAAAGAAGAAAUUCCCGUCAAUCAAGGCUGAAAUAGCAAAGAAGGAAAGCACAGUUGCCCAUUUGCCGGCCAAUGCUCCUCCUAGCAUAGAUAAGCAGAGAUGCCUGAAGCAAUCCCUUGAGAAGAAGUUAGCCGAAAGAAGAAGGGCUGGGCUUGCGAAACGCAAGGAAUUGUACAUG